AAUUUUCUAAAUCAGAUAAUUUAAAUAUUAAUGAUAGUGUUCAUUCCAAUGAUAAUUUAUCUGAAUCUAUUGUUUAUCCUGCAAAACGAUUAAAAGGAACUAAAAGUUGGGUGUGGCAUUAUAUUCAAAAAGGAAUUCAUAGAGAACAAAGUAAAUGUCUUGUCAAUACAAGUGAUGGAUUAAUUUUUAAUAAUGUUCAAGAAUUGCAACAAUUGCUUACUCAACUACUUCAUGAUACUAUUAUUUCAAUUUCACCUAAUUUUGAACUUCAGCAAGCUCUUUUAACAAUUGAAGAAAUCCCUUAUCCUCAUACUGGUUUAAAUAUUGCAGAAAAACUUGUUAAAACUUUUGAUCAUUGGGGACUUAAAGAACCACAUACAAUACAAUUAUCAGUUAAAAAAGAUCUAGGAAAAAUUGAUAAACUCCUUUUACAAAUUUCAAAGCCUAAUAAUUUUUUAAUUCAAAAAGAUAAGCAUCGUGAACAACUUCAUAAAAUGCAAGAAAUUUAUAAUACUGAAGUAAUAGAACCAAUAUCUUUUAAUAAUACUGAUUUUGAUAAUGAUUUAAAUUAA